UCCUCCCUGAUUUCACCUUUCGACCCGUACCCCAACCCCUCCGACCACCCUACACCCUCAGGAGGGGGGCACGGUGCACCCUGCCCCGGAGCCAACCCCUCCUCGCGACCCCCCUACCCCCUCAUUCACCACCUGUUGCAGCCUGGUGGAGCCCCCAUGAGGUCCGGGGGGCAAUUACACCUACACAGAUAUAACAGGGAAGAGGAGAAGGAGGAAGGAGGGAUGGACAGAGAAGAGGAGGAGGAGGAGGAGGAGGGGGAGAGGAUGGGUGGAGGAUUGGUAGGGGUGGGGGUAGGGGGGAAGAGGCUCAGUGGUGCUGGCCCUAGUGGCGGACUGGGGUUAUGACAUGCUGAGAGUGAAGAGAUUGAGACUGGAGAGUCUAGUUAAAGGAGAUGGAGAAAUAGGCUUAGAGGAAGAGGAGGAGAGGGGGAGGAGGAGUGUGGAGAGGGGGAACAGGGAGAGAGGGAGGGAGGAGAGGAGAAAGGAGAGAGAGGAGCUGAAGGAACAGUUGGAAGAGGCGAGAGGAAGACUGAAGACCUUGCAGGAGAAAGUAUGGAAAGCUUUCGGAGAGAGACCCACUCAGGAGGAGAGGAGGAGCGGAAGAGAGGAGGAUGGGGAUGGAGGGAUGGAUGAAGAGGAGGAGACGGCAGAAGGGAUCACUGAAGAGGAAGAGGAGGGGGGAGAAAUAAACAAUAUGUCUCUUUCCUUCAUCCCCUCUCCUCCUUUCUACAGCAUCGCUAAACAAGACCAAAAAGCCAGGGAUCAUGGGAAACAAAUGGGUGAAGAUAAGGGGAACGUGAACGGAGGAGGGGGGGUGUUUUUGGAGGGGGUUCUGGAGAGAGCGGCGGUGUGGAUGGGGUGUGGGGUGGUGAGGGGGGAGUGGGAGGGUUUUGGGGGAGGAGGCGGGGGUCAGAAGUUUGCCCAAGCUUUGAAACAGGAACUGGGGAGUGCUGUAGCUCGAGUCAUCGAUAGGGUCCUCCGUCUAUACACCCAAAACGAACCUCUCCCUCCCUCUAUCCAUCCCUCCAUCUUGUCGUCCAGAGAGAGAGGGAACGAGGGAAGAGGCGGUGAAGGAGUGUGGGCAACCCCUAGAGAGAGGGAGGAGAGGAGGGGGCGAGGGGGUGCGACGCAUGACCAGCAACCCCCCCGCCCAAACGGAGCUCCCCCCCUCCACCCCCACGCCUUCCUAGAACAAUCUGAAGCGUUGCCGUUGGUUACGCGUCGACCCGACAACCGUCGAAACACACUUCUACCCCCCAACAACCACCCUAACAACCGCACUCACAACCCUCUCCUCCCUCCUCACCCCCUCCCCCCUCUCCGUCAACCUCACCCCCACCCUGCCUUCCUCCCCCCCGCCUCUCGUCAUAAGGACACCUCCCCCUUCCUCCCCCCCUCCUCCUGCCCUCUCCCCCUCCCCCUCCUUCACUACACCAUGCAACAGCUCUUCACCCGUUCUCUCUCUCACCUUCCUCCUCUCCACAAGGGGGACGUUAUGAACUCUGACACUUACAUGGAGGGGAACCCUUUCCCCCCUCAGCACAACCCCUCCUCCUCCUCCUCUCAUCUCUCCUUCCCUCCUCUCUCCCUCGCUCUGAUGGGCGGGUUGGAUCGGCUGGAUGGAGGGAUGCAUCAUCUACAUGACAGAGAUAGAGAGAGGGAUGGAGGGAUGAGAGGAGGUGGAGGGGAUGGAGGGAUGGAUUCAGGGAUGUAUCUCGGACCGGGUUCAAUAUCCUUUUUUUUGGAAAGGGGAGAGAGAAAGAGAGAGAUUGAUGUGUGAGUGAGAAAGUGUGUGUGAUCGUUUAGUGUGUUUCUUCAUAUGUUGUGUGUGUGUGUGUGUGUGUGUGUGUGUGGGUGGGAGAGAGAAAGAGAGAGAUUGAUGUGUGAGUGAGAAAGUGUGUGUGAUCGUUUAGUGUGUUUCUUCAUAUGUUGUGUGUGUGUGUGUGUGUGUGUGUGUGUGUGUGUGUGUGUGUGUGUGUAUCUCUGUACUACUCCUUAACCAUCGUUACUCUCAGGAGGGUUUGUCUCCCUGUCAUCUGAAGAAAGCCAAACUGAUGUUCUUCUAUGCUAGAUACCCCAGCUCUAACACACUCAAGACUUACUUCCCUGAUGUCAAGGUAUUACACAACACACACACACACAGAAGACACUGGUCUAACACACUAGACAUAUUUCCCUGAUGUCCAGGUACUAGUGCGCCCUCUAGUGAAACUAUUUAUCAACUACAACACAAGUACAACACACUGGUGAAACUCUAUCGAAGUUAUCACUGGACAUUUGGGAAUUAUCUCUCUGUCCCAGUUCAUAUUGCUAAUCAGUCAAUAAACUAGUCAAUACAGUACAAAUUAUUAUUUAACAGCAAAUUCUUUCAUUCUCUCUCUCCUCUCUUUCAAUUCAAUUUAAGGGAUUUAUUGGGAAACAUGUUUACAAAGCAAAGGAAAUAGAUGAUAAAGAAUCUUUUUUAGUUACUGGGGAGGGCGGGAGGGAGGAGGGGGUAGGGAGGGUGGGAGGAGCGUGAUAAGGGAUAGGGCAUCUUCGUGGAGUUUCGUCUAGGGCGUAGGUCUUUCUAUCUUUCUUUCUUCUUUGCUUUCUUGCUUCUUUCUUGCGUGUCUUUGGUUUCUUCUUUCUUUCUUUAUUUCUUUCUUUCUUUCUUUUUUCUUUCUUUCUUUUUUCUUUCUUUUUUAUCUCUCUCUCUCUCUCUAUCUCGCUCUCUGCAGUUGAACCGCUGCGUGACCUCCAUGAUCAAGUGGUUCAGUAACUUCCGGGGAGUUCUUCUACAUCCAGAUGGAGCGCUUCGCAGGCAGGCUGCCGCGACGGCUUACCCAGGGACGGGGCACCCUGCCGGGUAGAGAUAGCAGAGAGCGCCCCUACGCCGGGGGAGAGCCCGGAGCCUAGCAUAAAAAACUGCACAUAACAAAGCAACGAUAUAGGUAGGUGUGAGGGAGGGGGGGGAAGGAGGGGGUGGGUUUUUUUAUUUGGUGGGGGGGGGGUUUGGGUUUGGUUUAAAAGGUUAAAAAAGCCGUUUAAACAAAAAGCUUUUUUUUUCCAACGCCCUUUUAAAUCCCCAAACCCUUUUCACACAAGACAGCUUUAAAUUUUAAAAAAACCAUUUAAUACAAACACAGAAAACCCCACAGAAAAUUUAAAUACACCCGACACCAUAAUACACCCCCACAAAACCCAUUAAAAACACAGACGAUUCAUCACACACAGACGCAUUCAUACACAGAUUAUUGGCACUGUCAUGGUCUAUCAAUCUCUAUCAGGUUCUGGAUAGCAGAGUCUCGUCACUCCAUCUACAGACUCUCUCUCUCUCUCUCUCUCUUCUCUCUCUCUCUCUCUCUCUCUCUCUCUCUCUCUCUCUCUCUCUCUCUCUCUCUCCUCUUCUCUCUCUCUCUAUCUCUGUAUCUGUUCUCUGUAUCUUGUCUCUCUCUCGAUACUCUCUAGGUUCCUGACAGGUUUGUAGAGAUAGCAGAGUUAGCCCUGAGGGAGUUCUUCACAGCCAUACAGACAGGACGUGACAGUGACCCCUGUUGGAAGAAAUCCAUUUAUAAGAUGAUCUGUAAACUAGAUAGUCCCGUACCGGAUAGUUUUAGACUGCCUGGCUGCCCCAUGGGCUGAGGAGAGGACAGACACACACACCGUAUGGGACACACACACCAUACACACACUGGGAACACACACACACACACACACACAAUGAGCUGACGAACAACAAUGAAAUGUUGCAAUUAUUAUACAUACAAUACAUGUGACUUAUAAUGGAGAGAGCAAGGAAGGUCUAAUGGAAUGGAAUUACUGUACUAUAAUAUUACUAUACUAUUAUACUAUUACUAUACUAUUACUAUACUAUUAUACUAUUACUGUACUAUAAUAUUACUAUACUAUUAUACUAUUACUAUACUAUUACUAUACUAUUAUACUAUUACUGUACUAUAAUAUUACUAUACUAUUAUACUAUUACUAUACUAUUACUAUACUAUUAUACUAUUACUGUACUAUAAUAUUACUAUACUAUUAUACUAUUACUAUACUAUACUAUUUCUAUACUAUUACUGUACUACACUAUACUAUUACUAUUACUAUUACUGCACAAUGGUUUCUCCAUGCACUCAGUUCUGCCCUGAAACUGGUGGAAUCCCAAAUUGCACCCUAUUCCCUAAUUAGUCCACUACAUUUGACAAGGGCCCAUAGGUCCACUAUAUAUAUAUAUAUAUAUAUAGGGAAUUAGGUGCCAUUAGGGAUGCAGGCCGCUGUCUUUCUUGUGGCUCAUAUAUAUUCUGUUAGUGAAAUACUGUUGCUCCACAGCGAUAGAGCUGUACUUAUAUGGUGGCUUAUUCUUCUCUGCAAAAUGGAAUAUUACACUUUUUUGUUUUUGUUUACUUGGUUACUAAACUGUUGUUUUGUUGUUGUUGUUAAAAAAUAAGAUGCCUAAAAAUAUAUAUAUAAUCUUUUAUCUUUUGAAGUUUAUAUGAACAUGUCAAAUCUGUGAUGCGCAUUCCAGCGUUUUUUUAACAUAUAAAUUGAAUGACUAGAAUCUAGAAUAGUAAUUAUAUUAAUUGUAUUUCCAUGGUUUAUAAUAUAUGAUUCGUUUCUAUAUAACAAGAUCUGUGCCUCAAAACCUUUUUGAUGAUUUUUUGAUGUUAUGACAAACACACACACACACAUGUUUUUGAUGUUAUGACAUAAUCAGUGUAAUAAAUGAAGGAAGGGAAUGGAGUGGUAAAAGCAAUGAGAAAUAAAACAGAGGAUUGAGGAGGGGAAAUGGAGUGUGACUGUGUUUCUUCCCAUAACACACACUAUGAAUGGGCCACACACAAACUUACCAUCAUCUUCUCUCGACAGGGCGAUAUUUCAACACUGCAAGGGGGUUCUAAACAAAACACAUUUUGAAACAAUCUAUAAUCACUCCAACUUCUGCUUGGUUCGCUUCAUGAUAUAUUUAUAAACGUGAUACAUAUCCUCCCCUACAUCUCUUUUCUCCCUCUAUAAAUCUCUUUUCUCUCUCUCUUUCUCUCUUUCUCUCCCUCUCUCUUUCUCUCCUCUCUUUCUUUCUCUCUCUCUUUCUUUCUCUCCCUCUCUCCCUCUCUCUCUCUCAGGGUGAAUCUCAAUUGCAUACUCCUAGAGUCCUCUCUCUUCGCCUCAAAACCCAUUGGAUGAGAUAGUCUGAGGUCCCUCCCCUCUGACCUGAGAUUCUCCCUCAGUCUCUAUCCAUCACUCCCUCUUUCUCCAUCCCUCUUUUUCCCUCACUCUCUCUUUCUCCAGACCCCUGUGA